AUGUUAUCAGCAGCAAGAACAUUGUUCUCGAGCUCCGUCAAACGUGGUCUUUUUACCACACAGCGCUUCAAGGCAAACAAGCAAAGGUUAUUGAAAACGCAGAAGGAAACCGAACGACCCCCCUCCGUCGUCGCAUUCACAAAGGAUAACGAGCGUCUCGUGGGAGCACCAGCAAAACGCCAGGCCGUCACCAACUCUCAAAAUACGCUCUACGCCACGAAACGCUUGAUAGGCCGUCGUUUCGACGACCCGGAAGUGCAAAAAGAUUUGAAAGUAGUCCCCUACAAAAUCACGAAAGCCUCAAACGGUGAUGCUUGGCUUGAAGCCCAGAAGAAACUCUACUCCCCAUCUCAAAUCGGAGCCUUCACCCUGAUGAAAAUGAAGGAAACAGCUGAGCAAUACUUGGGAACAACAGUCAAAAAUGCGGUCAUUACCGUACCCGCAUACUUCAACGAUUCGCAACGACAAGCUACGAAAGACGCUGGGCAAAUUGCUGGGCUGAACGUGUUGCGUGUGAUUAAUGAGCCGACGGCUGCUGCAUUGGCAUAUGGGAUGGAUAAAUCCGAAGAUAAAGUAAUUGCCGUUUAUGAUCUCGGUGGCGGUACCUUCGAUGUGUCGAUCCUCGAGAUUCAAAAGGGAGUCUUUGAAGUGAAAUCGACGAAUGGUGAUACAUUCCUCGGCGGAGAAGAUUUCGACGUUACCCUUGUCAAUUACCUGGUCAAGGAAUUCAAGAAAGCUGAAGGAAUUGAUAUCACAAAAGAUCCUAUGGCUAUGCAGAGACUUCGUGAAGCGGCUGAAAAGGCGAAGUGCGAGCUGUCAUCCACCACCCAAACCGACAUCAACCUCCCCUACCUUACUAUGGACGCCAGUGGGCCGAAGCAUAUGACGCACAAACUGACACGAGCAAAGUUUGAGCAGCUUGUAGCUGAUCUUAUUAAACGUACUAUUGAACCUUGUAAAAAAGCUAUGCAUGAUGCUGAAGUGAAACCGUCAGACAUUCAUGAAGUACUACUCGUAGGCGGUAUGUCCAGAAUGCCGAAAGUGCAAGAAGUGGUGAAAGAGGUGUUUGGAAAGAUGCCAUCCAAGGCCGUGAACCCGGAUGAAGCUGUUGCCAUUGGAGCGGCGAUUCAAGGGGCUGUACUGGCUGGAGACGUCACUGAUUUGUUGCUGCUUGAUGUGACGCCAUUGUCACUUGGAAUUGAGACCCUUGGUGGAGUUAUGACAAAGCUUAUCAAUCGAAAUACAACGAUUCCGACGAAGAAGAGCCAGACAUUUUCCACAGCAGCUGAUGGCCAGUCUCAGGUUCAAAUUAAAGUAUGCCAAGGAGAACUCACCUUUGAUAUCGAUGCCAAUGGAAUUGUCAACGUUUCGGCGAAAGAUCGCGGAACUGGCAAGGAACAGCAAAUCGUGAUCCAAUCCUCGGGUGGUUUAUCCAAGGAUCAAAUCGAAAAUAUGAUCAAGGAUGCCGAGAAGAAUGCUGCCGCAGAUGCCAUCAAACGUGAAAUGAUUGAAGCUGUGAAUCAGGCUGAAUCGAUCAUUAAUGAUACUGAGAGUAAAAUGACUGAAUUUGCUGAUCAAUUGCCGAAGGAGGAGUGCGAGAAAAUUAAGGUCAAAAUGGAAGAAUUACGCAAGGUACUGGCCGAAAAAGACAACAAAUCGCCGCAAGAAAUCAAAGACGCACUCUCGCAACUCCAAAAGGACUCUCUACAACUUUUCGGCGCCGCCUAUCAAAAGAUGGCCGAGAAAAACCAGGGAACGCAACAAGCGGAAGAAGCCACCCCGAAUGAUGCUGGCAAAGACGAUAAAAAGGACGGGUCCAAA